AACAUCCCAAUCAGAAAACACCCAUUUCAAUUUUCAAUAGUCGCGUUGGAGACGAUGGGUUCUUGUGCAGAGCAGUAGCAUUCAAUUCCCAAGUGCUGCUCAUUUGAAGAAUUGCUUUGAAAUGUUUCUCCUGUGUUCUUCAACCGCUUGUUCCUCUUUCCAGUCCCACUCCCAGAUUUCUGCCAUUUGGAAGACUUGUGAUUGGUCUUAUGGAUUUCAACUUCGAAGUUCAUCCUUCCACAAAGGACACCUCUCCGCAUUUCCGUGCUUGAGUUUUGCAGAAAAAUGCAGCAGAUUGGGUCCCCCAAAUGCUGUCAAAACUUCAUAUCACCAGAAUGGAUUAAACAAUACUAUCAAUUCUAGUGUAGUAACCGUGGGUGAUUAUCAGCAUGCUGGUCCAAGGAAUCUGAAAUAUGUGGAGAACGCACAAACAUCGUUGAACAAUUCAUUGGAUACAAUAAUACAGCCAGUGAAUUCUGCUAUCAAAGGUGGUUUUGAGAGAGUUGAUGAUGCUUUUCGUGAGAUGUCAUUAACAUUGGACAAAACUGGUGAAUUAGCUAUGGAUGGAUUAUCUGGUUUCUCUGGUGUUUUAAAGGAUGCCACAAGCAAUUUGGGGAUUGUUGCUAUUGAUAUGUUCAGGCGUACAAUUGUUGUUUCUGAGGAUGCUUUAUCUAAAACGGCAACAUCAAUUGUAUAUGUUUAUGGGUUAGUGAAGGACUUGCUUCCCUUAGAAGUACAGCAUUUCCUCACUUUUUCAGAAGAGAAGAUGCACAUAUUUUUUAGUCCGGUUGGUAUGGUUUUUCAUCAGGCUUAUGUUUUUUUGGAGUCUUUGGAAACUAUUAUUGGCUUGGACCCCGAUGAUCCAAUUGUCCCCGUUGUGCUUUUCCUUGGAGCGUCAACCACUUUAUGGGGAACAUAUUUGGUACUAAAACAUGGAGGAUAUGCUGGAGAUUUAUCUCCCAAGUCUUCAUUUCAGCUUUUAGUAGGAAAAGAGAAUGCUGUACUUAUUGAUGUCCGGCCCGAGAGGCUCAGAAAAAGAGAUGGAAUUCCUGACCUUAGACGAGCUGCUCGGUUUCGGUAUGCCAGCAUCACACUACCCGAAGUUGAUGAAUCAUUAAAGAAGUUAUUAAAGAGUUGGAGAGACCUUGAAAUCACCCUGCUUGCUGCUAUCAUUCGUGACUUGAAGAUUGUUCAAGUAAUGUGUUAUGUUUUUACUUGUCAUGCUGUUUCCGUGUAGAAACUUAUGACAUGUUCCUUUUAAUUUGCCCCUACCCUCUACUCCCCCCCCCUGAGAUAGUUCUGACUUCUGAGUUCUUAACCUUUUUAAAAUUUCAAUCAGGGGAACUUUUAUUAGAGAACUAACAUAUAUGUAGGAUUUGGUAUGAUAUUCAAAGCUCAUCCCGUAACAUUUUUAGCUUGGUGAAGUAGUUUCAAAAAAAGUUCAUACCUUGUUCUAUUGAAUAUAUUUCCUCAAGUAGAUCUGAAACUCUAUUGUGGUCACAUUGGUCAAACCUUUCAUUUAGAUCUCCCCACAUGUCUGAUGCCAAGUUGGUCCAUACGAUACUCUGUGCAAUGUGAGGUGAUACGACCCUCACAAUCCAUGAGCAGACCAUCUUUUUACACCCAUGCCAAACAUUGUAGCUCUGAUCAGUCACUGUCCCCCAAGGCAUACCUUGUUCUUUACUGUAAGUGCCAUUAAUCAAAAUUGGUAGUUUACACCAAUCAGUGGUGGAUUCACCAAUACUGCACUAGGAUUCUCAUUCAAAGGCAGAUUGUAAGGGUUGUUGGCAUCUUUUGUUCUAAGGUUCCGUGCAGCACAAUUGACAUCAUUGCUUAACUCUCAGUCUACCUCAUCAUCUUAGUAAAUGUAUCUAAAAUACUGCUCGCUUAUACAAUUGACCUAUCAGAUUAAAUAUUUCAGUUCACAUAUAUCACGGAGCAGUUAUGCCAAUGCUCUAAAUCGUAAAGGGCACAUUGUAAUUUUAUUCUCUAUAAACUAAUGUAGAGAAAACCAGGUAGUGGAAUACCAAUUAAUCAUGAAAAAAAAAAAACAGUUUCACU